GCUUCGUCGCUGCAGUCGCUGCCGCUGCUGUCACUUUUUGUUUAACACACACAAUUUUUAUCUUAUAAUAAGCACACCGCUGACUCCCAGUCAUUCUCCCACUCGGCGCCCCGCCGUCCCUUCCCCACUCUGGAUUCCCCUUCUCCAGCUUCCCAAACAACGUAUUGCUGAGGCGAUGAUUUUUAUUCUCAAUUAUUUUGGAUGCGGCAUUCACAAACGCAGUAUUCCAUGGAGUAGAACAGCCGACUGCGGAUCGUCCUGACCUCGCGGAGCAUUUUUAUUUUAUCAAAUAUCAUCAUAAUUUUAACAAAAACAAUAGACCAGAAAACGUUUUUAACAUAAAAGCAGAAUCCGUAACAAGAGAUAAAAUCACCCAACUUAACUCAACUCAACUCAACCAUCUUUUAGUUAUAAAAGCAAUAGAACAGAUGCAAUUAAACCUCUGAUUUUUAUAAACUCAUUAGCGAAAAGAAAUAUCAACAUCAGCUUCAUCACAAUUUAAAAAAAAACAACAACCAAAUUGAUAUAACCAAAAUACAAGCCGACCAACGAGAACAAACCGUUAAAAACCAUCACAAAUUUCUAUGUUAGAUAAAUGAAACAAAAAAAUAAUUUACAACAAAAAGUGUUGCAAAAUUGAAAUCAAAAGUACAAAACCACAUAAAUUAAUUACGAAUAUAAUUAUACAAUUAUUACAAGUACUAACGAAACUUAAUGCAAAUUAUAAAAAAUUGUAACAGAAUAUACUUUUCAUCUUUCAAAGGAGUACUCUUCUGUAGGUUUGAGUGAGGAUUACGGGCAGACUUGAAUUAAUCCGGCAGAGGCUACGGAUCGAUAACAUACAAAUUUACUUGUGUAUAUAAUCAAGAAGUCAUUUAGUUGUAUAAAUAGCUAACAUUCUAUACUUAAACUAAACCAUAUAGGCCAAGCAUUUGGGUUUUCGGGCUACACCGACAUUAAUAAUUCCUCACAGAGGGUACAUUCCCACAGCUACAAAAUACAUUCCCUGAAUGCUUACUCAAUACACACUGACACCGGAACAGACAGUUUGGAAUACCACAUACCCUACAGCUAGCACUUCAUGCAAAGCUGGCCAUACUCACGCCGUGGCAUUCUCAUAUGUAACUACACACCUAACAAGAAAAUCGGGUUACCCCUUUUAAUAAUAAGAGCAAUUUUCAAAAACACUAAUUGUAAUAAUAUGAUUAAACCUGAAGAGAGAUAUAACAAUUAUUGUAGACCACAGUACGUAAACUAAGAUAUAAGUCGUAUAGUUGUAUAACACCACUAAUUAGGCCCCUACAAUAUCAUAGAUCAGUAAAAUACGUGGGAGAUUUUUUUAAUUGGGUACUAAUUUAGGUCGAUUGAUACAAAAGUACUUGUAGUCCAUUUUUGGAGAUCCUCGGAAUACUUUCAAAUUUUAUAAAAUUAUAUUUUUAUAUACCUUAAAUAAGGAGGCGUACAUAUAUAAUUGUAGUUGCGAAAAAUACAAAUCCGAUAGUUAAGUGAUACUCUUUGGGCAUAAAAAUAGAUAAAGGUAUCGGGUAACAAAUUGUGAUGUAAAAUUAAAAAAGUAAAGCUAAUAAGGAAGGGAAAAUCCAAGUAGAAAAUAAAUCAAUCUGGCUCCAUGGCUGUUUGGAGGGAGUAACACCAAAAUAGGCGAUUAAUGAAUUUCACAACCAAUAUAUCGCGACACCGAAACGUGUGCCUUAUUCCGGCCUUAUGUUUAAAGGACUUUCAAUAACACAUCAAAAACAACUUAUACUAAACCAAUAACCACACUAAUUAUAAAAUCGUCGCGUGUAAAGUCACUAGGAACUAGAUAUUCCACAAACUCUAAUUUGAUUGGUAUGCUCCCCGUCGCCUGCGCUGCAACUGUCAUCGAACUGUAAUCACAACGGAGGAUCAAUGUUUAUUUUCAAGGCAGUGACAUGAUAUGAAAUUAAGAUGCUUUAGCCAGGCACCCACCUCUCGCAGUUGGCAGCACAGAUCUGCGUCCAGGAUCGAAAGUAAAGGUCUUAUCGAUCGGCCCGAACGGCCAAGCGCAGUGAGCUGGGAAAUCGAUUUCUGCCGUCUCCCAACCAUCUUGCUUCGAAUGUUCAAGAUGGACGCCGCAGACUUCUGGCAGCAGGCACGUGCCCCGUUCGGCCUGCAGUACAACUCGCCCCCGAGUCAGCCGCAAGCACCCCACCACACCCUGCACCACUCCCUUCCCCAGGAGCACGAGCUGCUGGCCGAAGUCCACCCAGGAGGCCCAGCCACCGGCUCGGGCGCAGUGAACAGCAGCAGCUCCAUGGGCCUCUCCAGCCCCCACCCCGCUCUGGGCGGCAAGGCCGAGUCCGGCCACAUCCUGCAGCAGCACUCGGAGCAGCAGUCCUACGGGGGCGACUCCUUCCGGGGCUCGCAGUCGCCCCAGCUGAGCAGCCACCACCUGUUGUUCAACGCAGCUGCGGCCGCUGCCGCGGCGGCCCACCUGAAGUCCACUGCCAUGCAGAACAACCUCUCGCCGAUGGGGGCGGGCAACUACGGCCACGGCUCCUUGAACGCCCUGUGUGGGAUCAAGCCCAAGCAGGAGAUGGACGCCAAGCCGGCCCUCCAGCCGCUGGACGAGUGCCGCCAGCCGCUGGCCCAGGCGCAAUCGCAGUCCCAGCCUGCGUACGGCGCAGACUUCUACGACGUGGGCGAGUCGCCGGCAGGGGAAGUCUCCGAGGCGGAGGGACGAGCGCUGACCAUCGGGCUCGGCGGAGCUAGCAAGAGAUCCUCCGAGGAGCCGCAGGCCAGUCUGCAGACCCAGCAAGCGACGGGGGCAGGCCGGGGCUUGCAGACGCCGCAGUGCCCCUCAAUGUCCCCCGGGACCGGGGGCAGCUCCAACUCGGGGACGGGACCCAGACCCGGGCCAGCACUGAUCAACAAGACCUUGUCGCAGGGUCAGCAGUCUCCGCAGCACUCCACAACGCCGUCCGGCGGCAGCACGACGCCCGACAUUAAGUACAGCAACGACAAAAUGGCCAACGAAAUUCAGCUUCAGCUAUCCCGGUCGAGCAGCGCAGCCGCGAUCAGUGAACGCACCCUUGAAGAAUGUUGGUCAACCCUGCAACGAGUGAGUUGGCAUCUGUUCCGUUGUCUUUUUAUGCACAAAAGCGCGAUGCAGCAAAUACAGCAGCAGAUUCCCCGAGUCGGCCUUGGAACCCACGGCGUGGCCGGCACAGCUAACUUGGGCGGCAACAUCACGCCCGGCUCGGAUACCAAGCCGCACCAGUGCCAGCAGUGCAUGAAGAGCUUUUCCAGCAACCACCAACUCGUGCAACACAUCCGGGUGCACACUGGAGAGAAGCCGUACAAGUGCUCCUACUGUGAUCGUAGAUUUAAGCAGCUGUCGCAUGUCCAGCAGCACACGCGCCUCCACACAGGAGAACGACCCUACAAAUGCCACCUGCCAGACUGCGGCCGAGCCUUCAUACAGCUUUCGAAUCUGCAGCAGCAUCUACGAAACCACGACGCUCAGGUUGAACGUGCAAAGAAUCGCCCCUUCCACUGCAACAUUUGUGGAAAGGGAUUCGCCACUGAGUCUAGCCUGCGCACACACACGUCUAAGGAGCUACAGCUGCAUCUUGGUGUCUUGCAGCAGCACGCCGCACUAAUAGGUGGUCCAAACGCCACGUCCUGUCCUGUGUGCCAUAAACUUUUCCUUGGCACCGAGGCUCUUGUGGACCACAUGAAACACGUUCAUAAAGAAAAAAGCCCCCCGCCAAGUGGAUCAGCCCUAUCCCAAUUCAGCGAAUUAAAUCAGGGAACUGGCAGUGGGAACGGAAACGGAAGUGGAACUGCCAACGAUCAAAUCUCUGCGCAUACCACAUCGGAGUCGAGCUGCGCACAGAGCUCCCAUCAGGCCUCUGUCGGUGGCCCCAACAUAAUCGACAGCUAUUUGGGCAAGCGGAGGACAGCCAAUCAUCCCUGCCCGGUAUGCGGCAAGCACUACGUCAAUGAGGGAUCCCUCCGGAAACACCUGGCAUGCCACGCCGAGACCUCCCAACUAACAAACAGCCUACGAAUGUGGCCUUGUAGCGUUUGCCAGGCAGUCUUUACUCAUGAAAAUGGCCUUCUUACCCACAUGGAGUCGAUGCGCAUGGAUCCGAAACAUCAGUUUGCGGCCCAGUACGUUUUGUCUCGAGCGGCUGCGGAACAGCGAGAGCGUGAGUCCCUGCUAGCGGUAACCUUGGCCGCCAGCAGUGGCACUGGCGACAGAAUGGGGAUUGCAGAUGCCGCGAACGUCCUGACAAUGGGAGCACACAACUCAGAGGGGUCCAACUCGAAGUGUCCCUCCCCUUCGGUGAACUCCGAGUGCUCUUCGAACGGACGUCUAACGUCAUCAACAACCUCUGAUCAGGACCAAGACAUCGACCAUGGGCUGAGUGAAAAUGAGAACAGCAACCAGAACAACAUCACCAGCAGCACGAACAACAACAAUAAUUGCACCAACAACAACAACUCAGGCUCUAAUAAAAUGGUUGAGCUUCGACUUCAGGGUUCCGGCCAAUAUACCAUGGACACGGAUCUGCACGUGGCCAACCGAAUGUCGUUGAUGGCCGCGGCUGCGGCUGCCGUUGCUGCGUCACGACCGCAGGACGGAGUGGACACCUCAGCAGUGCCGAGCGCGGCGGUCCAAGCUGCUGUGGUCAAUCUGGCCGCCGCCAUGCGAAUGAACAAUCCCAGCAACGGCCCUACCGCCUACCAGCAGCAUCACGGCGACCACACCCAGUCACACCACCCACUCCCGCACUCACAUCCGCAUCCACAUCCGCAUCCGCAUCCACACCCUCAUCACCCUCAUCACCACCAGCAGCAGCAGGCGCCUCAACACCAGCAGCAACAAUUGUCCCAUUUGUUGGUGCACACGCACCCCGGCAACAGCCACUCCCGCUCACAACGAUCUCCGAGUUUGAACGUGCCAAGUUUGCAGAACGAAUCAUCUGCUGCCGCAUCGAUCGCCAUGAACAUGAACGUGCACAUGAUGCGCGGUUCCCUUGAGCCGGACCCGGGCCUGGGGGGAAUGCAUGCGAUAGAAGUCCUCCACCAGCAGCAGCACCACCACCAGACGUCCAACUACUCGCAGCACGCCAUCACGCCCACCAACCAACAGGCCCAUCCGCACUCCCAGGCGCACCACACAUCCCACCACCACCCGGACGCGGAGACGGCGCUCCGCAUGCACCAGGCUGAGGCGAUCCUGCGCUCGCACACCGAGGCGGCGUUCCGACUGGCCACUGGCACUGUUCCUGUUCCUGUUCCUGGCCCCGGAGUAAAAAGCGAGGCCGACCAGCAGCAGCCCAGCAGCAACGGCAACGCUAGUGGCAGCGCCAACAGCAACGACCAACAGCACCGAUUCCAUUCACACUCGAGUCAGCAGGAGCAUCAACUGCCAUCGAGCUCGUGAAGUUCGGCGAGUGAACCCUCCAUGCCAGAUCGAGGAUAGAUUGAGGAUAGAGAUGCAAAAUCAAGUACAACGAUUUUCCUAUUUCGUCUUUUGCAGUCGAAAGAAAGGAUUGGAUACAUACGAAUGCGUAGGCCUCCAUUACACAUAAAUUAGUUUAUGGACGAGGUAUUGAUGUAAAUGAGAUUAUGUUUGUAUGUAAGGUUAAAUAGGCAACACCGCCCUAAGUUAAACAGCGACCCCAUUCAUUGUGCAAUAAUAAAAAGUAAAGUCAAUGUCGACAGAUAACUAUAUGUAAAAACUUUCGUGUUAUGUUUACGUUUAUUAUAAGAGUAAAGAUUAAUGCGCGAAAAUCAUUUAAAACGAAUUUUUUUGGGCUAUUACAAAGGCAAUGGGUUUCACACAAUUUCUGGGAGAUAUUAACACGAUAAAACACAGUUUUCAAAAACAAAAUAUACAUCAAUGGCCAAGAAGUCAAGCCGGAUUGUUUUAACUUGUAGAAGUCGAUAAAUAGCGUCUACCGCGAUAGAAAAUGCCUGCAGGGCAGGACUUAAAGAAGUUGGAAAACUAGCCACUACGGAAAAGUAAUCUUUAAAUGAUUUUAAGCAAUGUUGGCAUGGUCUAAAAUGACGUUUGACUCCCCCAAACGUGACUGAAAAAUACGGGUUUUUUGAGGAAAAUUAUCAUAGCCAGCACAUUUGUAUUACAACAUUUUAAGCCCCCAUUUUUCUGUUUACAAUUUUAAUAUAAAUGUGUUGUCUACUAAGAUAUUUAUGUUUUCAUAAACCCAUAAGUUGUUGAUAAUUUGAGCUUAUCUAAAAGUUGCAUUGGGAUUUGUCGUUCUUUUACGCGCACAUUUGGAAGAUGACCAGAAAAUCCAGAAUGUAAAAACUGUAGUGUCAAAUAAGGAAAUACCUAACCCUGUACUAUACAAAAAUAACAGUGUUUUUCGUUCGCAUUUCGGGGGGGUACAAACACCAUUUUAGACCAUACGUUUGUUGCCCCAUACGAUUUGUCAGUUCUUUCCGCCCCAUACAAAUCGACCUGCCCUAAUUUACAUAUUUACAGUGCACGAUCAAAACAAAGAACAUUCUGUUUCAAAUAUAAAAACACAUUUGUUUUGCUUAAAACUGUGACAAUAAAGUUCAUUUACAUUUGUUCUAAGCGUGCGAAAUAUAUCAAAGCUGGUGCCUACUUAACAUUGUAUACAUUUGCGUUUGGCUAUUAGUGAAGUGAUUUCGUUUCUCUUUUCUUUCUGAUGUUUCUUUCGGUUUUUGUUAGGGUGGACUUAAGUUGAAUAAGACUUUCCCAAUUUUUGUAUAGAACAUCAAAAUCAAAAAUUCAAUUUCAUUACACCUUGUUUUUAAAAAAAUAAAUUUAUAAACGAGUUAAUUAUUGACUAAACAUAAUAUUAAAAAUGCUUUAUAUCCUGCAGAAUCUCAAAAACUGGAUGUUUUCUCAUUGACGGACUACACGAAAGACGUUUGUCCGGAAUUUAUGCGUCAAAAAAAUAAAUUUACAAGACGAAAAAGGAAAGGAUCACGAAAGCUUAUAAUAUAUUUAUAAUAUAUAAGGGAGUAAAGGGUAUAGUCCCAAACGAUUCGUUUCUUGAAUGACACUUUCCAAAAUUUAAUAUUUUUCAAAAGUUUAAAAGCAGAAAGUUGCUGACAUCUAUUGAGCAUAUUCCUGUCAAAGUUCGUUGGUAAAAUUCCAGCGGAGUUAAUUAUUACAGCUCUUGGCCUAAGCCAAUAUUAUUUUCUCUUUUUAAAGUUGUAGGGCAAGGUGACGAACUGACAAAUACACACUAAGACUCUAUGCAGAUGUGAAAAUUAUUUAUUUUUCCUUCAAUAAAAGUUAAAAACGUACAAUACGGUGUUCAAAUUAAACUGUGCACUUAAAAAUCGUCUACUUCAUUUCUGGGUUUUAAUUAAGUUGUUCAAUUUCUAAUUCACAUAAAACCAUAAUCAUAACAAGCAAACACAGAAAAAAACAACAAAAUGCUCUUCACGAUACCCUACAAGGUACUGUUGGAA